CUUCUAUCCUGGGGUAUGUACCCAUACCCCUAUUUGGCACGUGUUGAUCCUGAUGCUCGGAAAGGCACUCUGAUCUACCAGCUUGUGGCCCAUUACAAUAACAAUGAAAACUCCAGUGUUGGGAUAACUUAUGCACUUAUUGCAGGUGGCGAAGAGCGAUUUGAAGUUGAUGUGGAUACAGGUAUUAUAAUGACAACCGGUUUGCCUUUAACUUGGAAUAAGGAAUACAUGGUCACAGUGCAGGCCAAUGAUGAAUAUGGCAACAAAAGUCCUUAUGCCUCCAUCUCCAUCCUGGUUGGUUCCAGACUUCCUCAGUUUACUAACGUGUCCUACAGUGUGUUUGUCCCUGAAAGUACUCCAGCAGGAGAAAAAGUAGCAGUUGUGGAGGCUGUUUCCUUCCAGAGCCGGCCUCUUUCUUACACUCUGCUGAUGAACCCCAGUGGCCUUUUCAGCCUGAGCCAGAAGAGUGGAGUGCUCAGUUUGACCCAUACUGUGGAUUAUGAGAGCGAACACCAUCUCUAUCACUUUCUUGUGAAAGCAGUGGAAGCUGACAGCGGACUUAGCAGUGUAACUGAGGUCAUAGUUCAUAUCACUGAUGACAAUGACUGCUCUCCAGAAUUCCAGCACUCCAUUUACAGCUGUGACAACAUUCCUGAAAUCAUCCCAGUUGGCACAUCUCUGUUGCAAGUUCUUGCGACAGACUGUGACUCUGGCUCCAAUGCUGAGAUCACCUACUUCAUUCAAAGCACUGACUUUUCCAUCACGCCUGAAGGGGUCAUCAGUUCUCACCAGCAGCUGAACUUUGAGCGAGCAAACCAUAUGUAUGAGUUUGUGGUCAUAGCUGUGGACAAAGGCCACCAUCCUCGGACAGGAACUGCAUCAGUGCGAAUCAGAAUGACUAAUGUGAAUGAUGAGGCACCUGUGUUCUCUCAAUCUGGUUACAAAACAUUCCUCUCGGAAGAUGCUGGUCCCAGUACCUUAGUGGCUGCCGUACAUGCGAAAGAUCCUGAUGGAGAUGGAGUGUUAUACCAGAUUGCUGGAGGUAAUGAAGACGGCAACUUUGAACUGGAUGGCCAGAAAGGCAUCAUUAAACUGCGCAGGAAUCCUGUGCCCAAACUGAAAGGACCUCGAUAUAUAUUAAACAUCACAGCAAUAGAUGACAAUGCCUCUGGGGGACCUGCCCCUCUGAGCAGCUUUGCAGUGGUUAUUGUAGGAAUUAAUGACAUUAAUAACAACAAGCCUGUCUUCAGAAAGUGCACUGACUACAGCGACAGCACCUGGAUUCUAGAAAACCAGCCCCCAGGCACCUACGUCUUGCAGGUGGAAGCCUAUGAUGCAGACCUGGGACUUAAUGGAGAAGUAAAAUAUGGGCUUAUGCACAGAGAUGGAGCUUCACCAGGCUUCAGUAUUGAUCCAGAUACUGGAAUCAUCACUGCUACUCAGAGCUUUGACCGAGAGAAACUGAGAGAGUGUAUGCUCUCUGUUACAGCUACAGAUCAAGCUCAGGAGCCAUUGAUUGGUGUUUGUCAAAUCACCAUCUUCAUUGCUGAUGUCAAUGACAAUGACCCCAAGUUUGAGAACAGUCGCUACCAAUACUUCCUCCGUGAAGACGCGCCAGUGGGCACAAGUUUCCUCCGUGCUGCAGCUCAUGAUGAUGACCAAGGUGUGAAUGCUGCCAUUGUAUAUUCCAUGUUACAGCAACAGCCAGAAUACUUCCAAAUCAACCCCAGCACCGGCUGGGUGUAUGUGAACCAUCUGAUCUCCCAGACAACUCGAAUCAGCCAGUAUAUUGUAGCAACAGAUGGAGGCAACAGAAGCAGCACGGUGGAGCUGACUGUAACUAUUACUAACAUACUCAAUCAGCCACCACAUUGGGAACAGAGCGGGUACUGGGCUACAAUCCCAGAGAACACCAUUCGUGACACCAACAUAAUGACUGUCAAAGCCACAUCCUCCCUUGGUGAUCCCAGGGUUACAUAUAACCUGGAGGAGGGUCAAGUUCCAGAGACUAACAUGCCUAUUCGUUUCUACCUGAAGCCAAACAGAGUGGAUGGAUCUGCUUCUCUACUAGUCUCUGAACCACUUGACUUUGAGACAACCAAGUUUUUCACUCUGAGAGUCAGGGCACAAAACGUAGCAAUGAUUCCUUUAGCUUCGUUCACCACUGUCUAUAUUAAUAUAACAGAUGUCAAUGAUAAUGUUCCAUUCUUCACAUCUUCUACCUACAAGGUGUCUGUACCUGAAGAAGCAGCUAUUAGCACAUCUGUUGCCCAGGUUUUAGCAACUGACUUGGAUUCUGGGCCACAUGGAGAGGUUCAAUAUUCAAUAUUGAAAGACUUUAGUGAAGAUUACCAGUUCUUCACCAUUGAUCCUGAGACAGGAAUUAUUUCCACCAAAGCAUCUUUUGACAGAGAGAAGAAAGGCUCUUAUUUGAUUGAAGUUCAGUCUCAGGAUUCUGCAGAGUCUGCUCGACCUGGUGUUUAUGGACAGCCCAACACAGAUACAGCAUAUGUGAAGAUUUUUGUCAGUGAUGUCAAUGACAAUGCUCCAGCUUUCCCUCACCCAGUAUAUGAAAUCAGUAUAGAGGAGGACAAGGAAGUUGGAUAUGCUAUUGUGACAGUAACAGCAAAUGAUGAAGAUGAAGGUGCAAAUGCCAAACUGAGGUAUCAGAUUACAUCAGGAAAUGUGAAAGGAGCUUUUGAUGUUGAACCCGAACUGGGAACCAUCUUCAUUACUGAGUGUCUGGACUAUGAACAAGAGCAGCGUUAUGAGCUCCGGAUUGUAGCCUCUGAUGGGAAGUGGGAGAAUCACACACUCGUUGCCAUCAGUGUAAUCAAUAAGAACGAUGAAUCUCCAGUGUUCACUAACAAUGAGUACCAUGCCAGUGUCUUGGAGGAACUUACAGAUCUGCCUGUUCUGGUUCUAAAGGUUUCUGCAACUGACCCUGAUCAAGAAGCUGACCAGAGUGCACUUUGCUACUCUUUACAUGGACCUGGGGCCAAUAGUGAGUUCUGCAUCAACGAGUACACAGGAGAGAUCUAUGCAAACAAAAAGCUAGACCGUGAAAAGCGAUCCACGUGGCGCUUUCUUGUCCUUGCUACAGACGAAAAUGGAGAGGGAUUAACUGGCUUUGCAGAUGUAAUCAUAGAGGUCAGAGAUGUGAAUGACAACCCACCUCUUUUCCUUUGCAUGUCAGAGGGCUGCUUUGUGGGGCAGGUUCCUGAAGAUUCCCCAGCAGACACCACUGUAAUGGAAAUGAAUGCCAUAGACCUCGAUGACCCCAAAGCUGGGAAGAAUGCAGUAUUAACUUAUAGAAUUAUUCAAAAUGUCCAAAAUGAAAUCAACCUCAACUUGUUUUCAAUCAACCCAGUUACGGGCACCAUCUGUACUGUGCUCGGAUCCUUGGACCGGGAGAAGGAAAAUAAGUAUCUGGUGGUGGUUGAAGGAAGGGAUGGAGGUGGACUCACUGGGACAGGCACCGCCACCAUUUUGGUGUCUGAUAUAAAUGACCAUGCUCCAGUCUUUACACGGAAGAUGUAUACGGCUUUUGUUUCUGAAAAUGCAAGUAUCAACACUGAGAUCACAAUGGUAUCUGCUACGGACAGAGAUGAAGGAGAAAAUGCUGUGGUGACAUUCAGCAUCCUUGAUGGGGAUGAUGAUUGUAAAUUCUCCAUAGAGACAGAUAAAAUCAACAAACGUGGGGCUAUUCGGUUGCGGAAACACCUAGACUUUGAGAAACCUCAUGAGAGGGUGUUUAACCUGACCGUGAAAGCUGAAGACACCGAUUUCUUCAACAUUGCUCACUGUGUUAUCUAUGUGGAGGAUUCCAAUGACCAUGCCCCUGUGUUUUAUCCCCCAUUCUAUGAAGUGAUGGCUCUGGCUGAAGAUGUGCCUCUCGGCACUAGAGUUGUACAGGUUUCUGCUGUUGAUUUAGAUUCAGGGCUGAAUGGAAGGUUUUUGUAUCGCCUGAUAAACAGGUCUGACCCAAGUGGACAGUUCUCGGUGGGUAAUGAUGGUUGGGUUGUAGUUGCAGGAUUGCUGGAUCAUGAGACUGUGACACAGCACCACCUUGUGGUCAUUGCCACUGAUAUGGGACAACCUCGUCUGACUGGCAGUGCCACUGUUCUUGUGACUCUGCAGGAUGUGAAUGACAAUGGGCCAGAGUUUGAGGCCCCGUAUAACCCUGUCGUCUGGGAAAACACUGCUUCGCCACAAAUUGUCCAAAUGAACGAGACUUCUACUUUGUUAUACGCUAGAGAUAGAGACACUGCUGCUAAUGGAGGGCCUUUCUCCUUUCACUUACUUAGCAAUUUUGGCAGCGUAACUUACUUUAACUUGCAGGAUUUCAGCAAUGGAAGUGCACUGCUCACUGCGCUGCAUACUUUUGACAGAGAAGUACACAAGGUGUUUUACCUGCCCAUUCUGAUUACUGACAGCGGGAUUCCUCCUAUGAGCUCCACCAACACGUUAACUGUUAAUAUUGGGGACCGAAAUGAUCAUCCUCAUUCUGCUGGCUACAUGGAAUGCCUCAUCUACUGCUAUGAUGGUAUCUUACCCACAACUGUACUGGGCCAAGUUCACGCACCAGACCACGAUGACUGGGAUCACAAGACCUAUCAAUUUGAAGAAAAAGCAUCAAGGUACUUUAUCCUCAAUCAUAACUCAGGUUUGCUGAGUAUUAAAGAGGGUACCCCAACAGGAAUUUACAAUGUAAGAGUGAAAGUUACUGAUGGAAUCUGGCCAGAUGUGAUCUCGACAGUAAAGGUGGUUGUGAAGGAAAUCAAAGAUGAUGCCAUCCGUAAUGCUGGGUCUAUACGAAUAAAUGAUAUCACCGCAGAGGAUUUUAUAUCUCAGUCUUCUGAGAGAGAAAGUAAAUACAACCAAAUGAAGAAACUACUUUCAGAAAUCAUACCAGCUCAACUCGAAAAUGUCCACAUUUUCAGUGUCUUGAACACCCCAGGUCAAACCCGAGUGGUUGAUGUUUGGUUUACAGUUUCUGGACCACCAUAUUAUAAAGCAGAAAAACUUAACGGCAACGUGGCAGUGUCCAAAGCACGACUGGAAAUCAUCUUGGAUAUAAGCAUCACCCAGAUUGGCAUAGAUGGGUGUGUGACUGCGAACUGCACUCAUAGCACUGGAUGUGUCAGCAAGUACAAUUAUAGUCAUGUCCCCACAAUAACUACUGCUGGAAGUGUCUCACUGGCGUCCGUGACGAUCUUGAAUAGUGCCCAAUGCACCUGUGCAGCUAGAGAAAGCCAGCACCUUUUCUGCUCCUCAUACCGGACAAACCCAUGUCUCAAUGGUGGCACGUGUAUAGACACUGACUUGGGCUACAGCUGUAAAUGCCCUGCAACUUUUGAUGGGCCUGACUGCCAGCAAACAAAACGUACCUUCAGAGGGCAUGGUUAUGCCUGGUUCCCUCCCAUCAAGCCUUGCUUUGAGAGCCGUAUCUCGUUGGAGUUUAUUACUGACGUGACUGAUGGCCUUCUGUUGUACAAUGGACCCUUAGCACAUGGUCAUCCUGGAGAAGUGGAAGACUUCAUUGCUUUAGAGCUCUCUGACAGCGUCCCAUCCCUGACUCUGAGUCAUGGCUCUGGGGUACUCUUCCUGCAGUUGUCUCAGAAAGUUAAUGUUGCAGAUCGCCGCUGGCAUAAUAUAAAAAUUAUAAGUGAUGGAAAGAAAGUGCAGCUGAUUCUUGACCACUGCGUAAAUGUUUCAGUUAAAGAUGACGAUGGAAUCCGUAAGGAAAUCUCCCAGAUGGAUCCGUCUGCCUGCGAAGUUUCAGAAGAGACUCCAGGAAAUGAGAGGUUCCUCAACGUUCAUCAACCCUUACAGCUGGGUGGAGUUAAGAAGGCCUUGCCAUACCGUAAUUCACAAAAGCACUUCAAGGGGUUUGUUGGCUGUAUACGGAAUGUCAUCAUUGACAGCAAGGUCUAUGAUUUGGAGCAUCCUGCAGAGUCCUUAAACAGUGUGCCAGGCUGUACUAUGACUGAUGAAAUGUGUCACAGAGCUGGGGUCCUCUCCUGUGGUAUUCAUGGCAAGUGCAUUGGUGAAUGGGGCUCUUUUAAUUGUGGCUGUUACCCUGGAUACGCUGGAUCAAAAUGUACAAAAGUUCUUCUGGAGUGGGCCUUUGGAAGGAACAGUUGGAUUCAUUAUGAACUGAAAAGUUUUCUUAGUGCCCACGUUACCCAGGUCCAGCUCAUGGUACGCACCCGUGUUUCCUUCGGCACCCUUCUCAGCAUGGCAUCAGCAGACGGGAGUAGAUACAUCAGAUUGGAGGUGGUUGAUGGACAUUUUGGUGUUAAUUUCAAUUUGGGGGACAAGGAGCAGCGUCUGAGACUGAGCACAUUACGCAUAGACAACGGCCAGUGGGUUCUGCUGACUAUGGAACGCUAUAACAAUGAGUUUACCUUGCGUGUUAAUAAUGGCGGAGGGGAUCGUGAAGUGACCUCCUUUAUGGGUGCGAACAGAUGGUUCGAAAUGGAUUUGGCAAGCAUUGUGCUAGGAAACCACGUUCCUAACCACUCAGAGAGUGAUUUCCAAGGUUGCAUGCGUGAUGUCCAGCUGAAUGGUCAGCCUCUUCUUGGGGAUGACAAAAGCACAGAGUUCAGCUUCAUUCUGAAGCAGCAAGGCAUCACCAUUGGCUGUCAUUCCAAUGCUUGCCGCAGUCAGCCCUGUCACAGUCCUUUCCAUUGUGUAGACUUGUGGAGAAGGCAUGAAUGCAGGUGCCCAACUGGCAAAGUAGAAGUGACGGAUAAUCUUACAGGGCUUAAACACUGCACCUCUACACCCUGUGGACUCUGGAACUGUAGGAAUGGGGGUACCUGUGUGGCACAUUCCCAAGACAAAUUUGUCUGCCAGUGUCCUGAUGGCUAUAAAGGAAAGUGGUGUGAAAUCAGCCAGGUGAAAGCAGGAAAACCAGUUGGACUCAGCUCUGGCUCAAUCUUGGCAAUCAGCAUGUGCCUCUUAGUCUUUCUAGCUCUGUUAGUCUCUUAUACAGUGUGGAGUCAGUGGGGGAGAUCAGGGUUUCGGAAAGGAGGAGUUUAUCACAUUCCUGAAGAGCAUGAAAGCUGGGAGAACGUUAGAGAAAAUGUCUUCAAUUAUAAUGAGGAAGGAGGGGGAGAACAUGACCAGACUGCUUAUGAUAUAGACGAAUUAAAGAAACCCCUGCAAAGCAUCCCCCAAUUCUCCUCAGAAACCACUGCUCCACACUUCAAGACACAUUUUUGUCCAGAGAGAGACCCAUUUACAAAACACUCACAUCAAAGAGACUCAAAUUCUGCAGUCACCAGUAUUUCAGACUUCAAGGAAUAUGUGUCUCAAAUAAUAUACGACGCAGACAAUGAUCUACGUAGUCUUCCAGCAGACACUGUUCACUUUUACUGCUUAGAGGGGCAGUGCUCUCUGGCAGGGAGCCUUAGUUCCUUAGACUCCUCCAGUGGUGAUGAAGAUCUAAACUAUAAUGACCUCCAUGAGUGGGGAUCAAAGUUUGACAAGCUUAAAGAACUCUAUGCGCUUUCAAAUGAACACUUGUAAAUGGAGAGAUGGGAACCCAACACAUUGCUGUGAUAUGAACUCUACUUAGUGUUUUGUAUAAGAUGCUAAAAUGUUUCUAAUUAGUUAAAUAACUUAUUUAUUGAGUCAGGCAUUUCAUAUGAAUCACUCACCUUUCCCUUAUGUGACACUCUGAAUACAAAAUCUUUUUGUAUGUACUGUAUAAAUAGAUA